AUGACCUCUGUAUUGAUGCAACAAGAACCUCCCAAGACAACCAAUGGGACCAAUGGUCCCGAUCCCCAGUACGGUCUCAGCUCCCCAUGGUCACAUUACUACUCCCCCGAAGGCACAGCGCCGCAAGGGAGGUGGGAGGGCGAGCUGGACAACCUGGUCGUCUACGGCGAGAUCCCCAAGGACAUCGAGGGCACCUUCUGCCGGCUGAUUGUGGACCCGCAUUACCCGCCGCACCCGGCCAACGGCUUCGUCGAGGGCGAUGGCAACAUCUGCGCGUUCCGCUUCCAGGACGGCCGCGUCGACAUGAAGCUCCGCUACGUCGAGACGGAGCGGUGGCUGCUGGAGCGCAAGGCCAACGAGCGCCUUUUUCACAUCUACCGCAACCCUUUCAGCAACCACCCUUGCGUGCGCAUGGCAAAUGACUCUACCGCCAACACGAACAUCCUGUACUGGGGCGGCCAGCUGCUCGCCAUCAGCGAGCGCGGCCUGCCGUACGCUGUCGAUCCGGACACGCUCGAGACCAAGGGCUGCGAUCCCUUCGGGGGCCAGACCAAGGCCAAGACGUUCACGGCGCACCCUAAGGUCGACCCGUACGCCAACGAGCUGGUGACAUGGGGCUAUGAGGCUAAGGGCCUCGGGACCCCGGACGUGUGUGUGUAUACCGUUGAUCCGGAAGGCAAGGUCUCGAACGAGUUCUGGUUUCAGGAGGAGGAGCCGACCAUGGUGCAUGAUGCGUGGGUCACCGAGAACUGGGUCGUCCUGUGCUCCAUGCCCUUCAAAGUUAACUCGGAUGAGGAUCUGAAAAAGGGCUCCCAGCAUUGGGAGUACGUGCCCGACAAGCCCUCGGGCUUCCUCGUAGCCCCGCGCCACCCAAAUACGCCCCGUCACCCGGGGUGGAAGCCGGGCGAGGUGCGGCGAUAUACGUGGAAUAACGGGCUGGUGAUCCACACCGGUGGUGCAUGGGAGGACGAGGACGGCAACCUGAAGCUGGAGAGCCACUUCAUAGCGUCCAACCUGGUCUUCACCUUCUGGAACCCUCCGGGAAUGAAGAUGCCAGAGGAGCCGACGGGCGACUGGGUGCGGUGGACGGUGGACCUGAGCCAGCCGGCGGAGACGCGACUGGCGGACCCGGAGGUGCUGUUCCGGGGCCUGGUGGACUUCCCCAAGACGGACGAGCGGUUCCUGACGCGCAAGCAGCGCGUCGUCUACCUGGCGGCGUGCGACGCGGGGCAGCCCAAGGUGCAGCGGUUCAGCUUCAACUCGAUCGUGCGGCUCGACACCGAGACGCGCGAGGCCACCGUCUUCGUCCCGGGCGAGGAGGGCAGCCGCCUCGCUGAGCCCGUCUUCGUGCCGCGGUCCGACGACGCCCCCGAGGGCGACGGCUGGGUCAUCUUCUGGUGCGACAGCCCCAGCGUCCCCAAGGGCCAGAUCGUCAUCCUCGACACCGACGACUUCACCAAGCCUGUGGCUUUGAUCAAGCUGCCGUUUGCCAUGCGCAACCAGGUGCACGGCAACUGGAUCCCGAAUGCGAACCCUGGGAAGCCGCUUCCGCGGUUGACGAAGAUGGUGAAGAAUGUGGUCGCCAGUAAGAAUGGUUCGCUGAAUCGUGUCUAA